AUGGCACCUUCCAAAACCCCCGACUUCCCCGAGGAGGUAUGGCGUCUAAUCAUCCAACACGGAGUUACCAUAACGGCAACCUCAGAUUACCGCACAUGGGACUGCUACCACUCCGACGAGGUAAACGACCAGCUCCGCUACGAUCCAACCACCCAGUUCAACCACCAGCGCUUGAGGAGGGACUACAACGCCAUGCUCAACCUCUCGCAGACAUGCCGUUUUUUUCACGACCUUGUCGCCGACGAGCUAUACCAGUACAUCGUGCUCUGCGACGACCACGGCAUCAAGCGUGAAAAGUUAGCACUCUUGUUACGAACCUUGCUUGAGCGCCCCGAGAUCCGCGACCGGGUCAAGCAUAUCACGAUGGUACCCUGGUUUGGCCUUUACCUUUUGAAAGGAAAGGAUAUCAAGAAAAUGGAUAUGCAAGCCCAGGGCAUCAUCGACACCGCUGGUCUUGAGCUCGCCAACCUGCCCAUUAAUCGUAGGGUAAAGAAGUCGACAGCGUGGCUUGAGAGGGCGCUUGCCGCGUUGGUCUGCCUAUCGACUGGCCUUCGAAGCCUGUCGAUUCAGGAUCCUCCCCCAGCAUCUGGCUGGAAAUCGGCGUGGAUGUGGUCGUUCGAUGUAGACGGGUUCGAACGCGUCAUUCGUAAUAUCCGGGAUCUCCCUACUUCACAGGGAAAGAUUUUUCAGAAGCUGGAAGCGGUUUCCGUCUUGACGACAAGGUCCAAAAACGAUUCCAAGGAGGCGUUCACCGUCUAUUCCUCUCCGCGCCUGACUGGCUUUCAAGCGCUUGGGUUCCUCAGCAUGAAGGACUGGCAUCGCUUGGCUGACUUCCGGUCAAUUUUGGUCCACCUGGAUAUCGGUCACCUCUACCCACAGUUGUUCCAUGUUAGAUGGAUUGGCCUCGACAAGCCCAACCCGGCUCGGGCCCGCGAAGCCGCGCAGUUUAGACGUAUUUUGUCGACAUUCAAUCGACUCAAAUUUCUACGAAUCUCUUAUACUCUCCUUAUCGGCCACCUGGAAGAGGAGACCAAGAGAUUUGGAGACAUGAUAUCCGAACUCCUUCCUCAGUCCGUCGAAGAUUUCCAGAUAGCGGUCUUUAACCACGGGGGUCUUGGGUCAUGGACAUGGGAGCUGGAGCAGAAAGGAUACUGGUUUAACUUUCGCGCCACACACCGUGAUCUCCGGAAAUUUGGUAUAUUGGUCCACCAGAAGGGCAAUUCCCGGGACCAAUCCGAAUUCUGGAUAACUAGACGGUCGAUCAACUUGAAGAGGCUCCGGACAUGGCUAGCUUCAGGGGAUAACUAUAUGGAUCCCAGCGAACCAUACCACGCGUAUCUCGAAUAUGUCGGGUAUCCCAGUGAUCGCGAGGAUGACGAGGAAGAUGCGACGGAUAACGCUACGUACGAUGGCUAUUGCCCCCGUGGAACUCUACAAACCCUACAGGCCCAAUUGGAGCAACUAGGGGUGGACUUCCAGGUUUCUACCUUCCAACCUCCGAUGUUUCGUAGAGGUAGUGACGAAUUGCCUGGCGGGUCGGAGGGAUAUGUGCGCCGGCUCAUAUGA